CUCUUGCAUAGUCUACCUUAUCCGAGGAAGCAAUGGAAGAAUCACCGAUCUCACCAUCAUCCCGGACUCGGCCGGCCACCGACACCGACGAACCAGACAGGCCGCAGAAACGAGCCCGAGCAGAUCUUGCGCCUCCACGGGUCAGUAGGGCCUGUGAUAGAUGUAAAUUGCGAAAGACACGAUGCUCUGGGACAUGGCCGAGCGUCUUCUAUGUGGAGUUUAAGUUGGAUUGCCAAUUCACCGCAGCCUAUCCCAUGGAGUGCCAGAUAGCUCCAUUUUUGCCAAGGGCGGGGUAGAGCCAAUAGGGACUUAUGAAUCUAUCGAGUCAACCAAUAGGGUAACA